UCCUCCAGGGCUUCAGGGAACGCAAGGGUUCCCAGGAGAGGGUCUACCAGGGCCUAAGGAUGACAUGGGUUCAAGGUUCAAAGGUGACAAGGGUGACCAGGGCUUCCCAGGGCAGCACGGACCACAGGGAGAGAGAGGAGUCGUGGAGCCAGGGACAAAGGGUGAACCAGGACCUGACGGAUCCUCUGGGAUACCUGGUAUACUUGGGGAAGAUGGAGCGGUCGACCCUAAGGGUGAGAUUGGUUUGCCAGGACUGCGAGGGACAGAGGGUGCGUGGGAAAGGAAUUCCUGGAGAAAAGGGUGACCAGGGCUUCCCAGGGCAGCACGGACCACAGGGAGAGAGAGGAGUCGUGGAGCCAGGGACAAAGGGUGAACCAGGACCUGACGGAUCCUCUGGGAUACCUGGUAUACUUGGGGAAGAUGGAGCGGUCGACCCUAAGGGUGAGAUUGGUUUGCCAGGACUGCGAGGGACAGAGGGUGCGUGGGAAAGGAAUUCCUGGAGAAAAGGGUGACCAGGGCUUCCCAGGGCAGCACGGACCACAGGGAGAGAGAGGAGUCGUGGAGCCAGGGACAAAGGGUGAACCAGG